UAAAAAAGACAAAGCACACGAAGCGACUCAGUUCUACAUGACUCCCUCCAACGUCAAGGACCAUAUUUCCGCUCUGUGGAAUAACGAGAAAGAAAUCUUGUCGAGGAUAUUUGUUGCUAUGGGAGAUGCAGCUGGGAUAUCAGACAAAGAAAAAAAUGAUGGUGAUUUCACAAUACAGCCAUGUAGUGCUGUGGAUGUUUUAUUUCUCUCUGCGUUGCCUGUUCCUGCUUCAAGAUUUCGGCCGAUAGGUUGUGUGAACGGUCGUCAAUUCGAAAGUCCACAGACCACAGCUUAUUCGAAAGUUUUAAUGGAUUGCGUAAUCCUGCGUGCUCUUAUCAAGAGACUCUCAGAGGCAAACAAGGAAAACAUCGAGGAUGAGAUGGAGGAGGAAGAAGAAGAUGUGACAAAGAUGGGGAAGCUUAAACUUAAAAUGUCGAGUAAGAAAAUGGAUGUAAUUUCCAGCAUUCCCGGGAAAACUCUGCCCCAAAAAUUGGAGAAUGCAUGGCUACGAUUGCAGCAACACGUCAACAGUCUCCUGGAUUCAGAUCUUGAUCGCUUGACGAGUGCUGAUGAUAAGACACCGGGUAUUAAACAACUACUGGAGAAAAAAGAUGGAUUAUUUCGCAAGCACAUGAUGGGUAAAAGAGUAAACUACGCAGCUAGAUCUGUCAUCUCACCUGAUCCUUAUAUUGCAACAAAUGAAAUUGGACUUCCGAUGGUGUUUGCUGUCAAACUUACAUAUCCUUGCCCUGUAACACCUUGGAAUACAAAGAUGCUACGACAAGCUGUUAUUAAUGGCCCAAUGAAACACCCAGGUGCCACCCAUGUAGUGGCAGACGGUCGCACCGUGUUGCUAAGUGCUACUGACCAGUCACAAAGAGAAGCUGUAGCUAAACAACUAACAGCAACUGAUACACAUGGAAGCAAACAUGAAGUUUUUAAUAAACCUAAACUUGUGUUACGUCAUAUACAGACAGGUGAUGUAAUGCUGUUGAACCGACAGCCUACUUUGCACAAAGGUUCAAUCAUGGCACAUCGUGUACGUGUUUUACCCGGUGAAAAAACUCUACGACUGCAUUAUGCCAACUGCAAGUCUUACAAUGCUGAUUUUGAUGGUGAUGAAAUGAAUGCCCACUUCCCCCAAAGUGAGUUGUGUAGAUCAGAAGCUUACCAAUUAAUGUCAACUGAUGCCCAAUAUUUAAGUGGGAAAGAUGGAAAACCACUUAGUUGUCUUAUACAAGAUCAUAUGGUGGCUGGAGUGAACAUGUGUAUUCGGGGCAGGUUUUUCACACAAGAAGAAUACCAGCAACUAACAUACGAAGCAUUGAUGCAUCUUCCAUAUAAAGUUAAACUCAUAAAACCAGCUCUCAUUAAACCAAAAAAAUUAUGGUCAGGAAAACAGAUUUUUUCCACUAUUUUUUUGAACAUUACUCCAAAUGGUCUCCCCCUUAUAAACUUAACUGGAAAAUCGAAAAUUGGUCCAAAGAACUGGCAGAAGGAGCCAGCAAGAAAUGCUAAAGUUGCUCCAAUACAUGGAGUGGACAUGUGUGAAUCACAGGUUAUCAUUCGCAACGGUGAACUGUUAUGUGGAAUUCUUGAUAAAGCCCAUUAUGGGGCAACAGAACAUGGUCUUGUGCAUGCAAUGUAUGAAAUAUACUCGGGUGAAAUUAGCGGACGACUACUGACAUGCCUCGCAAGGUUGUUCACAGCAUUCCUGCAACGAUACCGGGGGUUUACUCUAGGUGUUGAAGAUAUUCUUGUACGGGAUUGGGCAAACAAGGGAAGGACGGAUGUUAUACAAGAUACCAAGGAUAAUGGGAUGCAAGUUGUUGCUAAAACACUGAAUGUUAAAAAGAAGAAUGAGGAAGAUAUAACCGAUGCCUUAUGGGACGCCCAUGUUGCAACCAAGAUUAUUGUCAACAAGACAGAGGACAAGUUGGCAGCUGUAGAUCACGCAAUGAAGGCUGUAUGUAAUGGAGCUAAUGACCAGAUAGCCAAGUGGUGUACAGGGGGUGGAUUGCUCAAAACAUUUCCACAAAAUAACCUGCAGCUCAUGGUUAUUUCUGGAGCAAAGGGAGGUGCAGUUAACUGCAUGCAGAUCUCGUGCUUACUUGGUCAGAUUGAGUUGGAAGGUAGGCGACCUCCACUCAUGCCCUCUGGUCGAUCAGCACCAAGCUUUAUGCCGUACGAUACAACUAUUAGGGCGGGAGGAUUUAUUUCACAAAGAUUUUUAACUGGAAUUCGACCUCAAGAAUAUUUCUACCAUUGCAUGGCCGGUAGAGAAGGUCUGGUUGACACUGCAGUAAAAACGAGUAGAUCUGGAUACCUGCAAAGGUGCCUCAUAAAGCAUUUAGAAGGUUUAUUACUUUCAUACGACAUGACUGUGAGAGACAGUGAUGGUGGAGUGGUUCAGUUCCUCUAUGGGGAAGACGGGAUUGACAUUAAUAAGACCUCGUAUUUAAGUCAGAAGCAAUACGACUUUGUUGUCGAUAAUUACGAGGCUAUAGCAAAGCAGAUACCUUCUCUUGAGCGAGCAGAAUCAGCACCCUGUGUGCGCUCUAUCGCCCGCAAGUGGGCAAAAUACGAGAAGAUGAAACAUAAACGAGACAAGCGCCUUCGAAAGCACCCGGACGAAAAAAGGACGUCAGCGUUUCUGAAUUUCUCAAAACAAAGCGAGAGUGGAAGUCAAAGCGUGAUCAAGCAAGCAUGGAUGGGCAUGGAAGUUGAAGAAAAAGCCAAAUUCGAGGAUAAAUCUUCCAAACUUAUUCUUCCGGAUGCUGUCAUCUCACAGUAUCGUCCGGACCUUUAUUUCGGAUCAAUCUCCGAUAACUUUUACAACGAGAUGAGUAAAUACGUGAAAAAGAACCCCCUGAAUUUGCCCGAGGAAGAGGACAAUAAGAAAAGUAGAGUGCCAUCUCUAAACAGAUUGCAGACCUUAUUAAAGAUGCGCUACCAACGUUCACUGUGUCAACCUGGUGAAAGCGUUGGGUUGCUUGCCGCACAAAGUAUUGGGGAACCCUCAACACAAAUGACACUGAAUACUUUCCAUUUUGCUGGUCGUGGUGAAAUGAAUGUCACACUCGGUAUUCCAAGGUUGCGUGAGAUCCUAAUGGUUGCAAGCAGACACAUCAAGACGCCUCAGAUCACGGUUCCUGUGAUGGAUCAUGGUCAAAAACGAGCGAAACGAUUGUGCAAAGAGUUAACUAAAGUCUUGCUAACUCAGGUGUUGCAUAAGUUUACAUUAGACGAGAGGUUAGUGGUUGGAGGUGGUGAACAUGGAGAUAGAUACCGACGAUGUGUGAUCACCAUUCACCUUCUACCUGAACGUCAGUUUGCUAAGGACCUUGCCUUGACGCGUGAUACCGUGCUACGUCAUAUUGAGUCUAAUUUCUUUCGCGUACUGCUCUUCCAAAUUCAGAAACAGCUGAAGAAACGGGAAAGUGAAGUUUUGUUGAUAGACCAGAGGGUAGCCAAGGACACAGCUAGAAGGGCAAAGGCAGGAGAUGAUAACGAACCAGAAGCUGAAACAUUUGUGGAUGAUACAUUGGAAGAAAUGCCAGAUUCAAGGGAUAAGAAUAAGAACACAGAGGAUGAUGAAAUAGAUGAGGAGGCAGGGUUCGAUGAUGGGGAUGCAACUGCUGAACAACAACGAAGGAAGAAGAGAGAAGAUGUGGAUUAUGAGGAGCAAGAUGAUGAACUACCUGAUGAAAAUGAUGACACGGUACUUGUUGAUCAGGAUGACACUACAGUUGUUGAUGAGACGCCAAUGGAUGAACAAAUAGAUACUGAAGACGAGCAAGCCACAGAGCAGAUAGAUGACGUGACAGCUGCCAUACGUGUACGAGCUGUAAAAAAUCUUGGGCAUGGAAGUAUUUCCAUUGAAGAUUAUGAGUUCGAUACUAACGCUAGUGGCUGGUGUAAGGUCACAUUGUUAAUGCCAUUGACAUCAGUGCACGUAGACGUUGUGUCCUUAGUUCGCUUUGCAGCCAGCACAAGUCCUGUGCGCCAGGUAGCCGGUAUAAGCCGGUGUAUACUGGUUCCUGCACAGGGUGACACCAACGCAGUAAACCUGGUAACUGAAGGAAUCAACUUUUAUAAAAUAUUUGAAAACGAAAAUAUUUUAGAGGUAAACAAGUUGUAUUCAAACUGUGUCCACUCGGUAGCGCAGAUGUAUGGAAUAGAAGCAGCUAGAAGGGUCGUGGUUAAAGAAAUAGCAAACGUGUUCGCUGUGUACGGCAUUGAGGUUGACCAACGACAUCUAAACCUCAUUGGUGACUACAUGUGUUAUGAAGGUGUAUACAAACCAUUCAACCGCAUGGCCAUUGAAUCAUGCGUAUCACCACUACAGCAGAUGAGUUUUGAAACAACUAUGAAGUUCCUUAACAGUGCAGCACUGUAUGGUCUCCAGGAUCGCCUGCAAUCUCCAUCAGCUCGUAUUGUUACUGGUCAAGUGGUGAAAGGGGGUACAGGAAAUUUCUCUUUGCUUUGUCCAGUGGCCAAAAUGGCGUGAAUAUGUUUAAACAAUCAAUAUAAUUCAUUUCUUUGCAACCACUGCCUUCGUUAUGUUUAAGCAAUCAUGAACUUGUACUAAGUUGGUACCAUUAUCAUUUUGCUGGGGACUGUUUCUUUUGUGAUGCAAAAAUAAACAAAUAAAAUCAAUCAAAAGAAGGA